AUGAGCGCCAACAAUUGCGACAGCAUGACAUAUUUCUCAAACGCCUACAUGCCGGACAUGAGGAACGGAGGUGGCCAUGACCACCAACAAGCCCACGCGCACUAUGGAGCUGUCCCGCAGCAAGGACACGAGUUGGAAGGGUGCGACCCACAGCUCAGACCUGCACAGCACCAUUAUUCUGCACAGACAGCACCUGGAAUGCCCUAUCCUAGGUUUCCACCCUACGAUAGAUUGGGGUAUUACCAGCAGAUGGAACAGAAUGGCUACCGGCCUGAUAGUCCAUCCCAAAUGGGUCACAUGGGCCCUAAAACGGAUGGAUAUGGACCGAACGGCCAUCAACCACCGGCUCCAGCCGUUUACACGUCGUGUAAGCUACAAGCGGCGGCGGCGACGGCGGGCGGAGUCCCAGGGAGUCCGCCCCUGGAGCAGGCGCAGCAGAUGCCCCACCACAUGCAUCCACAGCAGCAUAUGGUGCAGCAUGGGGUACCACCGCACCAGCAGCACCUCAUGUAUCCAGUGGAUGACAUGCAGCAUCAGACACAGAUGCCACCCAUGCAUCAGCAGUCCAUGCACGGGCAACAGGCGCCCCCUCAGCAAGCACCUCCAAACACCAACGCGUCGCUACCUAGUCCGCUAUAUCCCUGGAUGAGAAGUCAAUUCGACCCGUGUCAAAUAUUCUCUGGAGCGAAGUCCGCCCCUCUCGCUUUGGGGGAGACCCCAGGGGACGCGCUGUCCCGCGGCGAAGCUCAUCUUGGAGCCCUAAUGCGUUCCAUACACAUAGAUGAAGUUUUACCCACACAUCGCGCCCUCUUGAGAUUAUUUCGUUUCUUUGUUACGCGUUACGAUUGA